AUGUCUGCGACGACCCAUUCAAUCGAUUCGAGGCGAUCAUCAUCCACGAGCGAACGCAUUGGUCAAUGGUUUGGAUCACCCUACACUCGGGCCAUGCAAUUCGAUGAGAGCAGAAUGAUUACACCGUAUCGAUCACUCGGACAAUCUUCACCUGGCUUUUGUCGAAAACGGUUUCUUGCAAAAAUGCUGGCAAACGAGCGCGGUCAAAUGGUUUCGACAUUAGUGGGCGUAAUCCUUGUGCUGGUGCUCGCUUUGAUAUUUGGCGGAAUAUACACGAGAUCGGGAAAGACAGAGCUGGUACCGGUGAGUUCCGUACAGAGCACACAUAGUGAAGAAUUGGCAAAGCGCUUUACAAAGUUGCAAGAAACCCUCCAAGCUUACGUCAGUGAACAACUCCGAAUCGAUCAACAGUUUAUGAAGUUGCAACUCAAAGAGCAAUACACAAGCUUGGUGCAAGAGAUUCGAGGGCAAUGUAACCAGUAUGCCGACUAUCAACGGGAUAUCAUCAUAAAGUGGCAAAGGAAUGAACGCGCUUUUCAAGAACAUUUCGAUCGCUUGUCGCUUAAAGAGGAAGAGUUUGCUGAUCGCAUCGAUAAAGUUAUGCAGAGCUUUGCCCGAAGCAUCGCGGCAGUGAAAGAAGACAUCAAAUUGGCUAAUGAAUGGAACAACGCAACAAGCACGCCCACCGAAGAUGAAUUCAAUUUUGCAAGCGCUCAAUAUGGUGCAUUUUUUAUCGCAUCACAAUCGACGGCAACUCUUCGACCAAAAAUCAACAACCAACUACUAGAUAUGUUCAUGAAAGUCGAGACAAGCAAGUAUCCAUUAAUUGAUCGAGCUGAACCUUUGCAACCUGGUGAUUGUUGGUGUUUUAAUGACCAUUCCGGUACCUAUGCUGUUCAACUUGCGGCACCAGUAUUCAUUGAAAGGUUUGAAUACACCCACACAAAAUGGGAACAAGCAGGAGCUCCGCCGUUGUCCGCACCUCGAACACUCCAACUAUGGGGCUGCAAUUCGAGCUCUGAUGUUGAAUGUAGCUUUCUUGCGGAAUGCGUCUACGCGCUCAACUCAAACUCCCAUAAACUCACAUGCUAUGUAGACCAAAGACGGAACUCGAAGCCAGUAUCCUCUGUGGAAUUGCGUGUGACUGGGAAUCAUGGUCAGGAGCACACUUGCCUCUACUCAUUCCGUGUUUUUGGGACAAGAUAUUCACAACCAUCAAAAAUCCCGACCUUG